AUGGGAACUAAAGAAAGUGCAACUGAAAGAGGCCAGCAGUUACGAUUUGAAUGUUACAAGCAAAACAACCCUGAUGAAUGCCAGCGAUUAGGUCAAUAUUUAGAAAUCUUUAGAGACUUUGAAAAGGCUGGCAAAGUAUUCAAAUAUAACUGUGAUCAAAAUAGAUAUGGCAAAAGCUGUUUUCAAUAUGCAGAGUAUUUGAUGAAUGGUCAGGGUGGUGUAGAAAAGAAUGAGGAAGAAGCACUGACUAAGUUUGAGCAAUCCUGUCAACUAGACUAUUUACCUGGAUGUCAUAAUGUUGGAGCAGUGGCUGCAGCUUCGCCAGACAAAAAUUUCAACAACACUGACAAGGGAAUUGAACAUUUGGAAUUAGCCUGUUCUAAAAGUUUUAUACCAAGUUGUGAGCUGUUAUUGGAGUUUUAUUUUCAUGGCUAUCAAAAUAUUAAAAAAGACAUGAGCAAAGCAUUCAAAUGUGCUGAGAAAUUGUGUGAUUUAGGAAGUCCAAGAGGAUGCAUAAAUCUUGGUGUUUUCUAUAAAAAUGGAGAUGGUGGAGUCGAAAAAGACCCUGAAAUGACUAAGAAAUAUUUUGCUAAAGCUAAGAAACUUGCUGAGGGUUCAGCUGAAAAAAAUGAUUGUAAUUGCUGA